AUGAAAUCAAAUGGUCAAACUGAAUCCAAAAAAGACCCAAUUCUUGAUGUGGCUUGUGAAGAUCCUGAAACCUUCUUUAAUGACAGUUACAUUGAUAACAAGUACACUUAUGAUGAGUAUAAUACAUCGCCCAUUGAGUUAGAUUUGAGAAAAUUCAAAGAAGCUUACUUAGCUAUGGACCCUGAUUGUAUGUGGACCCUGAAAACUGGGUGCAAAGUGGAAACAGUUAUUUAUGAAUUCGCUAAAAAACUACACAAAGAAUCAUAUCUUCAUUCUUUUAUAAUCAAUGAUGCUGAUGUCGAAACAAUAUCAUUGUUUUCACCUGAUGAAUGGAAAGAAAUUAAAACUUUCGAAGUUACAAAUGGACCAAAACUUGACCCUUGUCAAAAGGAGUUAUUGAAAAAAUACACAACUAAUGAUAUUAAAAAAUUAAGAUCACUUUUUUUUGAAUCAUUUGUACCUGACAACAAAGAAUAUAAUCGGGAUAUUCAUUUCUGCCUUGAUUAG